GGAGGCGGCGGCGUCGACCGAGAAAGAGCAGAAGAUAGAUUGAGCGUCAGGCUGGGCGUGAACCGCGGAGCCCCUCGGGAAAAGGCAGCUGAGCCGGGCACCUUCCCCACGGAGAGCACGUGGGCUCUUCCAGGGUAGCAGGUCUGGCCGCUGGUGGUGCGGCUGCCUCGCUCUCCUCCUCCGCCUCCUCACAGCCCUGGGAAAACAAGCGCCUCAAGUUUGAAGGCUCCGCUCGGAAGCGAAGUGCAGCCCGGCUGUGCCGCGCCGUGCGGGAUCUGUGCGGGGAAUACAGCGCAGCAGCGACCAGCCCAGAUGGAUAUAAUUGUAGGCGUGUGGGUUUGCCUGGCAGCUGCAAGAGCAGUUGUAGGUUUUGGAACGGAUCCCAACUUACAAAUUGAUAUUAUCUCAGAACUGGAUCUUGUCAAUAUGACUAUUGGAGUUACACAGGUGUCUGGACUACAUAAUGCCAGCAAAGCAUUUUUAUUUCAAGACAUAGAGAGAGAAGUCCAUGCAGGACCCCAUACGAGUGAGAAGUUAAUCCAGCUGUUCCGGAAUAAAAGCGAAUUCACAUUUCUCGCCACUCUGCAGCAGCGAGCAUCAACUUCAGGGGUCAUUCUGUCUAUCAGAGAAUUGGAACACAGUUACUUUGAAUUGGAAAGCAGUGGCCUGAGAGAUGAAAUAAGAUAUCACUACAGAUUUAACGGGAAGUCCAGAACAGAGGUAUUUCCGUAUCGGCUAGCAGAUGGACAGUGGCACAAGAUUGCAUUGUCACUGAGCGCAUCCCACAUCCUACUUCAUGUGGACUGCAAUAGGAUUUAUGAGCGUGUUAUCGAUCCUCCAGAAACUAAUUUGACUCCUGGAAGCAAUUUGUGGUUUGGUCAACGUAAAAGGAAACAUGGCUUCUUUAAGGGUAUCAUUCAAGAUGUGAAAAUCAUCUUUAUGCCUAAUGGAUAUAUAACACAAUGUCCUAAUCUCAAUCGCACCUGUCCAACCUGCAGUGACUUCUUAAGCCUGGUACAAGGAAUUAUGGAUUUGCAAGAACUUCUGGCUAAAAUGACUGCAAAACUAAAUUAUGCAGAAAUGAGGCUUAGUCAGUUGGAAAACUGUCACUGUGAGAAGACUUGUCAAGUAAAUGGAGUGAUCUAUCGAGACAAAGACUCAUGGGUAGAAGAUGAUCACUGCCGGAACUGCACAUGUAAAAGUGGAGUAGUGGAAUGUCGACGGAUGGCCUGUCCGCCAUUGAACUGCUCUCCUGAUGGCCUUCCUGUCCAUGUAACAGGCCAGUGCUGCAAAGUGUGCAAGUCUAAGUGCAUCUAUGGAGGGAAAGUGUUGGCAGAAGGUCAGAGGAUUUUAACCAAGAUCUGCAGAGAAUGCCGUAAUGGAAUCUUAGUAAAAGUAGCAGAGACCUGUCCUCCAUUGAACUGCUCAGAAAAAGAUUACAUCCUCCCAGAGAACCAGUGCUGCAGUGUUUGCAAGGGUCAUAAUUUUUGUGCUCAAGGACACAGAUGUGGUGAAAACGCAGAGUGUCGAAACUGGAACACAAGAGCUACUUGUGAAUGCAAAAGUGGUUAUGUCUCCGUCCAAGGGGAUUCUGCCUAUUGUGAAGAUAUUGACGAAUGUGCUGCUAAGAUGCAUUAUUGUCAUGCCAACACAGUGUGUGUUAACCUGCCUGGAUCGUAUCGCUGUGACUGUGUCCUAGGAUAUAUCCGCAUUGAUGAUUUCUCAUGUACAGAACGUGAUGAAUGUGAUAGCGGACAACACAACUGUGAUGAGAACGCAAUCUGUACUAACACAGUCAGGGGACAUAGCUGCACCUGCAAACCUGGAUACGUGGGGAAUGGGACCAUCUGCCGAGCAUUUUGUGAAGAAGGAUGCCGAUAUGGUGGGACGUGUGUAGCUCCUAAUAAGUGUGCCUGCCCUUCUGGAUUCACAGGAAGUCAUUGUGAGAAAGAUAUUGAUGAGUGUGCAGAGGGGAUCAUUGAAUGUCACAACCAUUCACGCUGUGUUAACCUCCCAGGGUGGUACCACUGUGAGUGCAGAAGCGGUUUCCAUGAGAAUGGAACCUAUUCACUUUCCGGGGAGUCCUGUGUUGAUAUUGAUGAAUGUGCCUUAAGAACUCACACCUGUUGGAAUGAUUCAGCCUGUGUGAACUUGGCAGGAGGGUUUGAUUGCCUCUGCCCAUCUGGACCAUCCUGCACUGGUGACUGUCUGCAUGAAGGAGGCUUGAAACGGAAUGGUCAGGUAUGGACGCUGAAGAAAGACAGAUGCUCUGUUUGCUCCUGUAAGGAUGGCAAGAUAUACUGUCGACGAACUGCUUGUGAUUGUCAGAAUCCCAGUGUUGAUUUCUUCUGCUGCCCAGAAUGUGAUACCAGAGUCACCAGUCAAUGUUUAGAUCAAAAUGGACACAAACUGUAUCGAAGUGGAGACAAUUGGACAUACAGCUGUCAGCAGUGCCGCUGUCUGGAAGGAGAAGUGGAUUGUUGGCCACUUGCAUGCCCCACUCUAAACUGCGAUUACACAGCAAUAUCAGAAGGCGAAUGUUGCCCCCAUUGUGUCAGCGACCCUUGUUUGGCUGAUAAUGUUACUUACGAUAUCAGAAAAACUUGUCUAGAUGGCUAUGGAAUAUCACGACUCAGUGGCUCAGUAUGGACAAUGACUGGAUCUCCUUGUACAACCUGCAAAUGCAAGAAUGGAAAUGUCUGUUGCUCUGUGGAUUUAGAAUGUCUUCACAAUAACUGAAGUAAAAAGCUGGGACUGUUCUUUUUGUGAGGAAAACUGAUGCAAUUUCCAACUUUCAAAACCAAUGCAGUUGUUAUGGGAUUGGAGUUUUAUACAACAGACAAUUACCAAAGUCUCCGCCUGAGGAAGAUAUUUGGGAGUUGCCUUUGGGACCUACCACUACACACUCAUCCUUGCUAGGCUUGUCUCGGGUGACUUUUACAGUACAAUACAUAUAAAUCUAUGGUUGUUAAAAGUUUUGAGUGUUGUAAAUUACACCCUUUCCCUGUCAAAUCAUUUGCAAAUCCAUUGAAAUUAUUUCAACAGUAAAAUACGAUGCAUUAAUUUGUUUAAUUUGUGUACCAACAACAUGAUAGAAACUCCUGUUUUAUUUUAGUUUUGAUCAAGGUAUUUCAAAAUAAGGCUGCCUGUUGUGGUUUUGUCCCAUAAUAUUGGCUAUUUAGUUCUGAGGUCCCUGUCGGAUGUAUUUAUGAAAAUAUGUAUGUAUGUACAGUCAAAUUGCAUAGUACUUAUAUUUCAUAGCUGUCAAACAUUGUAAAACAUUCCAAGGUACAUUUGACUUGUACAGGCUGGGAGUAAUCAAACCUCAGCCUAUCUUUAUGGGAGGGGGGGAAGUCACAAGUUUAAUGAUGUGGCAAAAAGCACUUUCUUUUGCAGACAAAUAAGCUAACAGCAAAAUUCCCGUGUGGAAGGAGAGAGAAAGAAUGGCACUGUUUUCAUCAGCACUGCUCCAGAACGCAUGCAGAAAAUCAUGCCACUUAUCAACAUUAGGCUUAGCAGAGUGUUGUAGUUUGCAAGUCAAAUAACAAAUAUUGGAUGUGGGCGUAAUUCAGUCAGGAUUGUGUAGCAUUCAAUAAAGCAAUCAAAAGGGCUUUACACUUGUAGAUUUUAAGUGAAUGGGUGAGAUUUUGAUAUCAGUCACACUGCUAUACGUAAGUUUAUAAUCUCUCCCCCAUGUAGUUGCUUUAGCAUAAUCAUCUGCCAUCCUCCAUUAUGUAUGCCAUAAUGAACAAGUUCAUCUCUGUUUGUACCAUGUUAGAGCUUACAAGGAAUGGUGUAAAUGUCACUGCAUUUAACUAUAAUUUCAGCAUAUAUCACACUAGGCAGUGUGCUGGCCUUGGAAGAUGGGUGGCACACUCCAUGUUCCAAUUUUCUUUUAUUGUAAUAUAUUCACCAAACAACCUUGUCCCCCUUUUUGACAUUCAAAAAGACCAAUUUGUUAAUCUAGCCAUUUGUAAAAUGCUGUUUAAAACCUCACACUUAAGCAGGAACUGUAAUUAAAACUUUGAAAUGUGCACAAAGGUCAAGUUUAAAUGAUAGGUAGCUGCUUUGAUUUCACAAGGCUAAGAUGUUGCUAGUACUAGAACAAAAUAUGUCUUUCUAAAACUCAAAUAUGUUCACCUGUAUCCAACAGGUUUUAAUGCACAGAUUGCCUCCCAUAGGAAAGGACACCCACAGGAUGAGGCAACUGUGUGGUAACUAGGAAGGAGAAAUCUCCCACCUCUAGCUGCUGCAACUGGAUGCAAAACUGUCCUUGUUCUUGGGAACUGUGAGUGAAGCAAUAGGCUACACACCUUCCACUGCACUCAUGGAACCUACUGUAGUCCCCCUUUCUGGGGAGGGAGAAUCCAGUGUUGAUCAUUUGUUCCAUUUAUCUCUAAAAGUGAUACUGCUUUUUGCUAUACUGGUUAAGCCCUGCUGCACUCACUGAUCUCUGAAAGUGCAUCACUGUGCUUUUUAAAGUGCUGCUGUUCAUUCUGCUUUGUGAUGUGAUGUACUCUUCCCUUUCCCCAAGUUCCUUUUAACCGAGCUUAUGAGAGUGUUCAGAACCAGUUCCUGAAGACAAGCUUAGCAAGUAUGAAUUCCAUUUGUGAAAGUAAUCAUUUUAGUCAAGAAACAGAAAUCAGUUUGCAGGAUUAGUUACAGUAUAAACAAUGGAAGAAUGCUGGACUGAGCAUCGUUCUGUAUAAUAGAAGUGUACUGAUCAUUCUACGAAACAGAUAUACAACACUAUGGGAGAUUUGGAACAGACAUUUUUUAGCCUAGACAUUUUGUUGAAAAUGAUAUAUCACAAACGAGAAUCCAGCCUAAAAAUAAAUACUCUGAUCCAGAGACUCUGAUACAUAUGCAGGAAUUUCAGUGUGUAGAGGGAUUUUCAUACAAAUGGUGAUUGCUUUGUUUUCUCCUAAGUCCCCCAUGCACAUGGGAAUGUAUGUGUACAAAUGAUGCCUCAACACUGAAAAGAACAAACAAGCCACUACUUGUGCCGGACUUCAUGCCAGCAAAGUCUAUCUAUUAAAAAAAAGUUACCACCUUUUAGUGCCCCCCAUGUGUUGAUUAUAUUUGCAUUGUUUUAAUGACUGUAUUAUAAGAUUGUGUUUUAUAGGAUCCUCAAAGGGCAUUUGUAAAUCACAUCAUCAACUCAUUUUGUAAAUCAUGUUGUAAACCCAAUGGUAAUUCAACUGGAGAAAAUGAUGCAGUGGUUUGGGAUAUGAAGGGAUUUAAAACUUGUGGCAUCUAAAUAAACUCCUGUGUACAGAUA